GUUGUUGUUCACGUAACAGAUGAGAACGACUGCACACCUGAGUUCCUCCACUCCAUCUACAGCAGAGAUAACAUACCUGAGAGUGUCGCACCUGGAACCUCUCUGCUCCAAGUGCUGGCUCGAGACUGUGACUCGGGCGUGAACUCGGAGCUCUCCUACUUMAUUCCGAGCGGCGAUUUUGACGUCACGUCCGGAGGCGUGGUCAGCCCCGCCCGUCGCCUGGACUACGAGCGGCCCAAUCACAUCUACGAGUUUGUCGUUGUCGCCGUGGACGCGGGGUCGCCGCCUCGCACUGGGACGGCCUCCAUUCGCAUCCGUGUCGCCAACAGCAACGACGAGGCGCCUGUCUUUUCUCAGAGCAUGCAUCAUUAAGCUGCGGCGGAGUCCUCCUCCGAGGCUCAGGGGUCCACAGUACGUCCUCAACAUCACCGCCACAGAUGAUAACGCAUCUGGUGGACCGUAUCCUCUCAGCGGCUCUGCACAGGUCAUCGUUGGGAUCAAUGACAUCAACAACAACAAGCCGGUGUUUGAGGAGUGUCAGAACUACAAUGCAGCCGUUCUGGAGAACCAGCCACCAGGGACGUUUGUUCUGAGCGUCCAAGCCUACGAUGCCGACAUGGGGGUCAACGGAGAGGUCAAAUAUGGCAUCAUGCACAGGGACGGAGUGUCGUCUGGGUUUGAAAUAAACCCCGACACCGGUGUGAUCACAACAAUGGGGAGUUUCGACCGGGAGCGUCAGAGGGAGUUCRCCCUCUCGGUGACGGCCACCGAUCAGGCCGAAGAGCCGCUGAUCGGGAUCUGUCAGAUCACGGUGCUGAUCUUAGACGAGAACGACAACGACCCCAAGUUUGAAAACAGCCGCUAUCAGUACUUCCUGAGGGAGGACACUCCAGUUGGGACGAGUUUCCUGCGGGCCGCAGCACACGAUGAUGACCAAGGGAGCAACGCAGCCAUUACCUACUCCCUGUCCAAUCAGAAGCCAGCUUACCUGCACAUCAACCCCAGCACUGGCUGGAUUUAUGUCAACCAUCCCAUCUCACAGACGUCCAGGAUCAACCAGCAAAUCGUGGCAUCUGAUGGAGGAAACCGCAGCAGCUCAGUGGAGCUGACCGUCAUCAUCACCAACGUCCACAACCAGCCGCCCCAGUGGGAGCAGCCGGAGUACUGGGUCACUGUGCCAGAAAACACCAUCCGAGAUGCCAAGAUAGUGACUGUCAAAGCGACAUCUCCACUGGGGGAUCCACGAGUCACCUAUAAUCUGGAGGAGGGUCAGGUGCCAGAGACCAACAUGCCGGUGCGCUUCUACAUAAAACCGAACCGGGCAGAUGGCUCGGCGUCCAUCCUGGUGGCCGAGAACCUCGACUACGAGACGACGCGCUUCUUCACGCUGCGAGUGCGCGUACAGAACGUAGCUGCCGUGCCACUCGCCUCCUUCACCACUGUCUACGUCAAUGUGACGGACGUCAACGACAACGUUCCAUUCUUCCUGUCRUCCACCUACGAGGCCACGGUUCCUGAAGGAGCAGAAAUCGGGACGUCCGUAGCUCAGGUGUCAGCGACGGAUCUCGACUCUGGUCUGCACGGGAUGAUCCAUUAUGUGAUUCUGAAGGAUGAGAGCGGAGAUUCUCAAUACUUCAGCAUCGACUCACGCAGCGGCGUCAUCGUGACCCAGGCCUCUUUUGACCGCGAGCAGAAAGCGUCCUACCUKAUCGAGGUGCAGUCCCAGGAUGGCUCAGAGUCAGCCCGGUCAGGCCAGCAAGGCCAGCCUAACACAUACGUCAGGAUCUUUGUCACCGAUGUCAACGACAACGGCCCRGCUUUUGCCCAGCCGGUGUACGAAGUAAGCGUGGAGGAAGACAAGGAGGUCGGCUUCGUCCUCAUCACCGUCACGGCAAACGAUGAAGAUGAAGGUGCCAAUGCUAAGCUGCGCUACCAGAUCACCUCAGGAAACACCAUGGGGACCUUCGACGUGGAGCCUGAGGUGGGCACCAUCUUUGUGGCUCAGCCGCUCGACUACGAGAUGGAGCAGCGCUACGAGCUCCGGCUGGUUGCUUCUGAUGGGAAGUGGGAGAACGAGACGCUGGUGGUGGUUCAAGUGGUGAACCGCAAUGACGAAGCACCGGUUUUCAGCCAGACCGAGUACCAUGCCUCCGUGAUGGAGGAACUCACCCAGCUUCCUGUGUUCAUUCUGGAGGUAUCAGCAACUGAUCCCGAUCAGGAGGCAGACCAGACUGCCCUCCGUUACUCCCUUCAUGGCCAGGGUGCUGGUGGCGAGUUCACCAUUGACGAACACUCUGGAAGAAUCUAUGCUCAGCGUCGCCUGGAUCGCGAGGACCGCCCUGCCUGGAGAUUCCUCGUCCUCGCCACAGACGAGGGAGGACUGGGCCUUACGGGGUUUGCUGACGUGCUGUUAGAAGUCCGAGACAUCAAUGAUAACGCCCCCUUCUUUCCGUGCCCUGCUCUGGAAGUGGAAGGAUGUUUCAUUGGCCAAGUGGCGGAAAACUCACCCGCGGACACCUCCAUCAUGGAGAUGCGUGCAAUGGACUUGGAUGAUCCCAACGAGGGCAGGAAUGCCAUGCUGACCUACAGCAUCAUUAAGAACAUUCGCAACGAGAUCAACCUCAAUCUGUUUUCCAUAAACGCCACGACAGGGACCAUCUACACAGUUCUACGUUCACUGGACCGGGAAAUGGAGGACAAGUAUCUGGUGGUGGUGGAAGCCCGUGAUGGAGGAGGUUUGUCAGGAACAGGGACGGCCACCAUCAUUGUUUCUGACGUAAAUGAUCAUCCACCCAUUUUUACUCAACGGGCCUACUCUACUCAGGUAACUGAGGACCUUGAGGUAAACAGUGAAGUUCUUGUGGUUUCUGCCACUGAUGGCGAUGAGGGUGAGAAUGCUGUUGUUGCCUUCAGUAUUGUUGGUGGAGACGAAGACAGGAAGUUCUUUGUGGAGACAGACAAAGUGAAUCGCCGUGGCGUGAUAAAACUGAAGAAAAGGGUGGACUUYGAGAAACUCCACGAGAGGACUUUCAAUCUGACGCUGAAGGCUGAAGAUGCUGAUUUUUUCAGCUUGGCCUACUGCCUCGUUCAGGUCGAAGACUCCAACGAUCACGCUCCCGUCUUCUUCCCUCAGUUCUACGAGUCAGCCGCCAUGUCGGAAGAUGUACCYGUCGGGACAAUCGUCACUCAGGUUACAGCAACUGAUCUGGACUCAGGCCAAAAUGGGCACUUUUCUUACAGCAUUUUUAAGGAGUCAGAUCCCUAUAGUCAGUUCCUGGUGGACCAGUCAGGUUGGGUGAUUGUGGCUCAUUCUUUGGACAGAGAGAAAAUCUCGCAGCACAGGAUCAUGGUCCUCGCAACAGACGCAGGUAUUCCAGCGCUGACUGGCACCGCCAUCGUUCUGGUGACCGUGCUCGAUGUUAAUGACAACGGGCCUGAGUUCGAGGUUCCCUAUAAGCCYGUUGUGUGGGAGAACACUGCAGCACCGCAGGUGGUACGAAUGAACGAAACCUCCCUGCUCCUUCACGCGACUGACCGUGACACCUCCACAAACGGCGGCCCGUUCUCCAUUCAGCUUCUCAUGCUUACUUCAGAUGCCAUCAACUUCAAUUUGACCGAUUUUCGGAACGGAAGCGCAGCCGUCACCACCCUCCGUACCUUUGACAGGGAGCGGCAAAAGGAGUACCGCCUUCCGAUUCUCAUGACUGACGGUGGCUCUCCUCCCAUGAGUUCAACCAACACCCUUACAGUUGUCAUUGGUGACAGGAAUGACCACCCACACUUACCUGGACACACACACUUUAUCGUCUACAGUUAUGAAGGUAUUCUCCCGACGACAGUCCUCGGACAAAUUCAAUCCCCUGACCUUGAUGACUGGAGUGAGAAGGAGUACCGAUUCGAAGGCAAAUCAUCCAGGUUUUUCAGUUUGAACCAGAGCUCAGGUCAGCUCAGUAUCCGGGAAGGAACUCCUCCAGGCUUGUAUCAGCUGCAGGUGCAGGUAUCAGAUCACACCUGGCCCGAUGUCACCUCUACCACUCAGGUGGACGUCACAGAGCUGCAUCGGGACACCUUGCAGCGAGCCGCAUCCAUCCGCCUGACAAACCUGACAGUGGAGGAGUUUUUUAGGAGUAGUCGUGUCGGUGAGGCGAGCCGGUUCGCCCGUCUGGGUCAGGCGUUGGCUGAAGUGCUGCAGAUUUUGCCGGAGAACGUUCAGAUCUUCUCUGUAGGCAACGCCGAGCAGCAGAUCAGUAAAGCGCUGAACGUUUGGUUUGCGGCACACGGCUCACCGUACUAUAAGGCAGAGAAACUACACGGCUACGUGGCGGCAAAUAAGGACAAGUUGGAGGCCAUGUUGGGUGUGUCCAUCUCCCAGGUGGGAGUUGAUGACUGUCCUCACACAGACUGCAGUCAGCUUGGCGGCUGCAGCAACGAGAUUUCGUUCAGCCAAGUCCCCGUGGCCCUCAGCUCUGGUAACAUCUCUCUGGUGUCGCUGUCUGCCUCGUUCACUGCACAGUGUGGCUGCAAGGGGCGGGAAGCGGUCCGGCUGCCCUGCGCCGCCUAUCCCUUCAACCCCUGCCUCAACGGAGGCACCUGCCAGGACGGACCUCUGGGAUACCGAUGUAAGUGUCCUCCCAUGUUUGAUGGCCCUGAGUGCCAGCAGACCAAGCACAGCUUCGGUGGUCAGGGUUAUGCCUGGUUCCCGCCCAUCARGCCCUGCUUCCAGAGCCACAUCUCCAUCGAGUUCCUGGCCGAGUCGGCCAACGGGCUGCUCCUCUACAAUGGGCCRCUGGGCCUCGCCCACUCUGGGGAGCAGGAAGACUUCAUCGCUUUAGAGUUAAGGAACGGGGUUCCAGUUCUGAGUAUAAACCAUGGAUCAGGAACCCUGACCCUUCAGCUCACACCUAAAACCUCCAUCAACGACCGGCGCUGGCAUCGACUUGACAUAAUCAGUGAUGGAAAGGUUGUCCAGCUGGUUCUGGACCAGUGUGGAGGGGUGGCUGUGAACGAGCUGGAAGGUGUUGGAGGGGAGGUCAGAGAAGUGGAUGAAUCUGGCUGCAGAGCUGCAGGAGAGACGCCUGGGAACCAGAGGUAUUUAAAUGUAUUCCAGCCUCUUCAGCUGGGAGGAGUGAAGGAGCUGACUCCUUACAGACGGUACCGAAGUUUCACUGGAUGCAUUCGGAACCUUGUAGUUGACAGUCAGAUUACUGAGGGUCACAUCUCGGUWCAAGCCAACCUGGGUGACGGACCUCACUCUCUGAAGCUCCAUGGUCACCGGGUGGACGUUGGACAGUGGGUCCUGGUCAGCCUCAGCCGCCAUGACAACACAUUCACCCUGCGACUAGAGCAGGGAGGGGGCUCCCGGGAGGUUCAGGCUCGGCUGGGGAGCAGCAGGGAGAUUGUGGUUCAUUCGGCGAGCCUGGUGGUUGGAAACAGACCAAACGCUGGAGACAAGGCUGACUUUCUGGGCUGUCUGCGGGACGUCCGGUUUAACGGUCACGUGCUUCCUCUGGACGGUCAGAGUCGGGACUUAGUGAUGGUGCUGGAGAGGCGAGGCGUCACCUCUGGCUGCUCCAGCGACGCCUGCAGCAGCCAGCCGUGCCGCAGCCCGCUGCGCUGCAUCGACCUGUGGAGGAAACACCAGUGCAGGUGUCCCGGCGCUCAGGUGACCGUGACGGAUGACUCCGGUCAGCAGCGUUGUGUCCMGUCGCCCUGCGGACCUUCCUCCUGCCGUAAUGGCGGCAUGUGCCAGGCACUGUCUCCUGACAGCUACCAGUGUCGAUGUCAGGAGGGAUUCAGGGGUCAGCGCUGCGAACUCGGACAGGUCAAAGGUCAACGACUAGCCGCUCUCAGUCCCAGCUCCAUCCUCGCUAUCAGCAUGUGUCUGCUUGUCUUCAUUGAACGGUUAUGACAUCACCGAGCUGAAGCGUCCGCUGUGCUCCAGUCUGUCCCAGUCGUCCUCCUGCACCACGGCGCCGCUCAUCAAGUCCUCGCCGGGCUCCCAGGAGGAAGUCCAUCCGUCCAGUUCCUCCUGCAGCUCCGGCGCUCCCUACCUCAGCAUCCCACACCCCCACCACCCCCACCACCACCACCAGCAGCAGCAGCACGCAGUCGGUGCGGGCUACAGCGGCGACGCCACCUACGCCAACUUCACGCCCCACGCGGGCCGGGACGCGGAGACGAGCGACGCGGGCAGCUGCGCGGACGCCCUGUCCGGCUCGCGCUCCCACGUGGACUUUAAAAGCUACGUGGCGCGCAUCAUUUGGGAGGCGGACAACGACGGCGACGCGUUCCCGCUGGACGCCUACCACGUCUGGUACGUGGAAGGUUCCGGGUCCUCUGCGGGGAGCCUCAGCUCCCUGGGGUCGGCGGUGUCCUGCAGGAAAAUGAGUACGAGCAACGAGGACGAGGAGGAGGAGGAUGACGGGCGUUUUGUUUAUGACAGACUGUCUCAGUGGGGGCCCAAGUUUCAGGCUCUGAGUGAGAUGUAUGACCGGCCCCAGCUGGCCCUUACAUACAGAGAGGCUAUAGCUUACAUACAGAGGAGCCACAGCCAUGACCCGCUGCCUCAGCACCACUAGAGGGAGCCACGCAGGACACCCCCCCCCCACCCCCAAACUGCACAAUCAUAGGUUUAUGUGAACAAGGAGAUCAGUGCUGCAUUCACACCUAUUACAAGAAAGGUGGGAUCCUUCAGAGCUGUGUAUUCUGAUUCAAAUCAAUAUUUAUUAUUCAAACAUUUAUUGAUUCACUAACCGUCUGCUGCAUUUUAUAUUUUUGUAAAAUGUGUGUGAAUGCAGCAGCUCCUCUCCCGCCUGACGUUCAGUGAACCAGAGACAUUUUCAGGGUUGUGGAUUCAUUGAGGUUUUUGUUGUUUUAUAUGAAGAGAGCUGUGGUUUCUGAGGGGAAAAAAAGCACACAAAGAAAACUUGUUACUGGUUUAUUUAGCAUCUUUACACAGGAAUAUAUCACCCAACAUCAUUUCUUCUUCUUUUUAUUUAUUUAAUAUUUUUUUAAUCUUUAAAAGCAGAUCUUUGUGUUGAAGUUAUUCAAUUGUAAGAGGUUUUGUGGGGGUUUUUUUGUGCUUGGCCUUUGCAAAAUAGAACUUUCAGGGUCAAAAGAUGAUGUUUUGCCAAGGAAAUAUUACCAUGAAAUGAUGUGAAAGCGUUCAGGGUGAGAGGAGCUUCAGUGUGGAAGAAUGAUUCUGGAACACUUGAAAUCUCAAACAAUAUUAAGGCCUUGAAGAGAGCUCGUGGUUCUCCUUAAAGAGCACUUACAUUGGAGCUUUUUUAGUCUUUAGUUCUCCACUAAGGCAAGUUUAUUUUUGACCCUUUUUUUCACGACUCAGUCUAAACAAAAAGAAAAUCUGCUUCAAAAGAAGAAAAAUCCUCUCACGGACAACAUUUUGUUUUGCAGUUUGUUCAGCUAAAUGGAGCUUUCUUUAAAGCGCGUUCCGUUUAAUGCUUGUUGAAUUUCUAGAUUAACAAAACCCUCCAUAACCAGCAUUUAAAUCUCUUUUUCUACUUUCUUAUUGCACUAGAAAAACGAUUCAGGAGUCAGACACACAAAAAAAAAGCUUUGUGAGCUCACCGGGUGGAACGCAGAGUUUCUACCUUAUAAAAUCAGCUUUGCUGGUACGUGAAAAAAAGGAGAAAAAAAAAUCUAUAUUUUUCUACUCCCUGAAGAAACUUUCAGAUCCUCUCAGUUGCUGUUGGUUGUGUGCCGUCCAAAUGCUGGUUGGYGCCACUUUGACUGUUUCCUUGUCUUUUUUUUUUUUGUGUGUGAAUUAGAAGAAAACACUCACUGGGUUCAUCACAAAUUUGUUUGAUUUUUUUGCAGAAAUAACCAGCGACACUCCCAGUCCCAGCUUCAUAUUUUAUUAGAGGAUAAUGCAGUGAGAUGUCACUGAUCUAAAUCAUGGGUUUAAAUGACGAGCAGCAACGUGAGACGUUUUGGUCAAAUCUUAAAAUGAAYGUUACAAAUCAAACCACAUCAAAUUCUAGCUGAAUAUCUGUGAAAUUGACUGAGUUAUCACCAUUGGUUUAACUCUAAACCUUUACAACUGCUUAACAUUUAGUUGAGUUUAAAUUGGUCUUUUAUAAGAUGUUUUGUUAGCAGACCAAGCAGGCAAAAAUGUGAUCACCUGCCGUCAUCUUUGGCAGACAGCUGGUAAUAUUAAAUGUGCAAAUAYGAAAAUAGUUGUGAAGCAAAAAUAAUACGAUUUCUUGAUAUUUUUGUACUUUUUCGGGCAUUUAAAGUGUCUCCUGUGUGUUUUUG